GACAGUGCUCGACGAAAGGUCAUUGUGUUUUCAUCCAGAAAAAAAGGAAAAAAGAGAAUAAAUAAAAUACAUCUGAUUGCUGUCCUAAUAAUGCAGAAAAUAAAUACAUACAUACUACUAAUCAUCUGAUUCCUGUAAAGAUCGAAAAAACAGAUUUUAUCACCGAUGAGUACCACUACGUUGUCGGUCCCUUGUUGCGUGGGUGCGAGGAUUUCGGUUCGGAGGAGAGGGAGGGUUAAAGCAAUUCCGCCACGAGCGGCGCUGGUUGAGGCGAAGCCGAGACCGGCACAAGCCAUUAACGGUGGUGAUGGCAGUGCCUCCGUGGCCCUCUUGCGAGUCAGAGACUCAUCCUCCUCUGCUCCGUCUAGCAGAGACCGAGCUGAUGAUAUGCAAGCGGAAGCGAGGGCUAUGGCCCGUGCUGCUAAUGCUUCGGUCUACAGUCCAGAACUUCUGGCCACUAAAUACGGGUCGCGCCCAAUUAAGGUGGUUAGGAGGGCGCUGGAGAUAUUUGCAGGGCUUGGUUAUUUUGCCUUCAAUUUGUGGCUCGAUCAAGUGAAGGGGCAGCUCGAUCAGAACCAAAGACAGCGGGCAGUCCAAUUGAGGAAGACUUUAACUAGAUUGGGACCUACUUUUGUCAAAAUUGGCCAGGGUUUGUCCACCAGGCCUGAUUUGUGCCCGCCCCAAUACCUAGAGGAACUUUCUCAGUUGCAGGAUGCUUUGCCAACAUUUCCAGAUGCAGAAGCAUUUUCAUGUAUUGAAAGAGAGUUGGGAUGUCCACUUGAUUCUAUUUACUCAUCAAUAUCCGCAUCUCCGAUUGCUGCGGCCAGUUUAGGUCAAGUUUACAAAGCACAGUUGAAAUAUUCUGGGCAGGUUGUGGCUGUAAAGGUGCAGCGACCUGGUAUUGAAGAAGCUAUUGGGCUAGACUUUUACCUCAUAAGAGGUCUAGGUUUUCUCAUAAAUAAGUAUGUUGACAUUAUUUCAAGUGAUGUUGUUGCCCUUGUUGAUGAAUUCGCCCGAAGAGUUUAUCAGGAGCUCAAUUAUGUACAGGAAGGACAAAAUGCAAGGAGAUUUAAAAAAUUGUAUGCGGACAAAGAAGAUGUCCUUGUCCCUGAUAUUUUCUGGGACUACACAAGCGGAAAAGUGCUAACGAUGGAGUGGGUUGAAGGCGUUAAAUUAAAUGAGCAAGAGGCCAUUGAGAGGCAAGGGCUGAAAGUACUGGAUCUGGUGAACACUGGCAUACAAUGCAGUCUUAGACAGCUGCUUGAGUAUGGUUAUUUUCAUGCAGAUCCUCAUCCAGGGAAUCUAUUAGCAACACCAGAUGGGAAGCUUGCUUUUCUUGAUUUUGGAAUGAUGAGUGAGACUCCUGAACAAGCAAGAUCUGCCAUAAUUGGUCAUGUUGUGCACAUGGUUAAUCGGGACUAUGAAGCCAUGGCUCGUGAUUACUAUGCUUUAGACUUUUUGUCUCCUAGUGUAGAUGUAUCUCCCAUUGUGCCAGCUCUAAGGAACUUCUUUGAUGACGCACUAAAUUCGACUGUGAGUGAGCUCAACUUUAAAACCAUUGUGGAUGGUUUGGGUGCUGUCUUAUACCAAUAUCCAUUUAAUGUGCCUGCAUAUUAUGCCUUGAUUUUACGGUCUCUCACUGUUCUAGAAGGUUUAGCUCUGUAUGCUGACCCUAAUUUUAAGGUGCUGGCUGCAUCAUAUCCGUAUUUUGCUAAAAGGCUUCUUACUGAUCCUAAUCCAUAUCUCAGAGAUGCUCUUAUUGAGCUGCUUUUCAAGGAUGGGAGAUUCAGGUGGAAUAGACUUGAGAACUUGCUAGUCCAGGGAAAGAAGGACUCAGAUUUCAAUGCAAAAGAUGCUUUACAACCUGUUCUCAAACUAUUGCUGGGUGCAGAUGGUGAAGAACUCAGGGUUUUGGUGAUUAAAGAAGCUGUGCGUGUUACGGAAGCUAUUAUCCUGGGCUCCGUGGUUGAAUCAUACAAAUCAAUUCCUGAUGUUAUUAGGACACUUGUCUUUAAUUUCAGUGCAACUGGUCCAUUAGUAAUGAACUCGGCUGAGCAGGAAAGCAUGUUGGAACUUAGGGCACAAGUAUUUAGAAUAUGGGAGCUUCUACGAUCCUCAGACAACUUCGAUCCUAGUAUGUUGCAGCCCAUCCUACAGGUACUUCAAGAACCCGAAGCACGAAAUCUUGGUGGGCGUGUUGUCGGUGGAAUUACCCAACGCCUCGCUGCACGCUUACUGCAGCAAGUUCUCCGAGAUCCUCCAACAGUUUCUUCUCCAACUCCCUAAUUGUUUUAGAAGUGGAUCAUGUAAGUGGUUCUUUAUUUUUUACCCAGGGCUGGGGGAGGCCAAUCCCUCCUGGGCGUCUCUGAUACAUUCACUAUCUAAUUUUGGGAAGUGAAAAGGAAAGGACAUCAGGGGCGACAUUCUUUUGGCACUAAAUUUGUUUUACUGUCUUCUCAAUCCCCAUUCACAUGACUAUAGAAUGAAUGGUGGCUUCUAUAUCUUUUGUGCUUAAUAAUGAAUUAUAUCUUUUGGCCCAAGAUUUCUUAA